AUGUCGGACGCGUCUUCUUCCCCUCCUGCGAGCAGUGUAGACCACUCCCCAACACUCACCCUUCGCACGAAAGAGAUUGUCGACAGUCCCCCAGCCGCUUCUACUGUCUUUCCCCACCGCCAAGAAACUAUUCUCGUCGAUCAGCGCGACAUUCUUCCACCCCCAACAAGUGCCUAUAUACCCCCAAGCAGCGACAAUCAGCACCGAAACCUUAUUCUGUGCUUUGAUGGGACCGGCGACCAGUUCGACGCAGACAACUCGAACAUCGUACAGCUCAUGUCCGUUCUUCAGAAAAACGAUAAAUCCAAGCAACUAGUGUACUAUCAGAGCGGUAUUGGGACCUACACGUCCAGUACAUCGCCUUCGCCAGUUAUGACUAAAUUAUCCUUAAUGCUUGACGCUGCUAUUGCCUGGAAUCUUGAUUCCCAUGUUAUGGCGGGGUACGAGUUUCUGAUGCAAAACCAUGCUGCCAACGACAGAAUCUCAAUUUUCGGCUUCUCUCGAGGAGCCUACACGGCGCGCAGUCUUGCGGGAAUGAUCCACAAGGUUGGUCUCUUGCCUGCCGACAAUCAUCAACAAGUGCCGUUCGCGUAUAAGAUGUACACCCGCGUUGACGAGAUCGGAUGGACUCAAUCAAAUGCAUUCAAGAAAGCUUUCUGUAACGACGUCAACAUCGAUUUUUUGGGCGUCUGGGAUACCGUCGAUUCAGUGGGAUUGAUUCCUCGCAGACUGCCUUUUACUACAUCCAACGUCGCUGUUCGAACUUUCCGCCAUGCAGUUUCAAUCGACGAACGGCGAGCUAAAUUCAAAAGCAAUCUAUGGAAUUGGCCGAGCGACACAGAAAAGAAACUUGGAACGCACAAUUCGCCUCCACAGACGCCCAGACUUCGAAUGAAAGAUAUGCAAGUCCGGGGCUAUACCCUUCCUGUGCCUUCGUUACGCUUAAGAGAUUCGGAGAAGGAGUUCGAUGAAGAUGUCGAGCAAGCUAAGUUUGAAAGCGCCUUCGCGAAGCAUCACAGAAAGACGAAGAGGACAGAUGUCUUGGAGGUUUGGUUUGCAGGUUGUCAUUGUGAUAUUGGUGGCGGCUCCGUGCCAAACAAUACUCGCAACAGUCUUGCUCGCAUCCCUCUCCGUUGGAUGAUUCGUGAGUGCUUCAAGGCGGAAACUGGUAUCAUAUUCAAUGCCGAGCGUUUGGUGGAGCUUGGAUUGGACCCCACCACUCUUUAUCCCCAUGUUCUUGACCGACCGCCUGCCAAAGAGAUGCAUCCUGACAUGCGAAUCGCUCGAAGAGCCCCAAGAAAACUGUGGUUCCAAAGGGUGUUCCGGCCGAAAGCGUCUCAUUCCGGAGGCAACGAGUUCACAUUUUCUCCUAACCCAGAAAACCAGCCACCAACACAUGUCAUGCCGGGAAUGGAAGAAGAGGAGGACCUGAAGGAUGCCCUUUCGCCUAUAUAUGAUCAGCUCAAGCUCAGUCCUGGCUGGUGGAUAUUGGAAGUCUUGCCGUUUUCCUUCCGAACGCAGAAUCUCGACGAUAGCUGGAAGACGCACUUUAGAUCCAACUUUGGGCGAGCUAGGAAAAUUCCGCAUCAGGUUAUCAGCCCAAGUGAACAGGAUGCAGGCGAGGCACAAGAGAAAGUGAAUCUCAAAGUUCAUAGGACGGUAAAACAACGACUGCAGGUCAAGGACCAUAAAGGACGGUAUUAUGUCAAUCGAGCCCGGUUCCACGUAACACCGGAACGACGACUUUUUCACUCCUCUUCAUUCAUUCAACGAUUCGGACUUGAGGACCGCACUACAUUCGUCCGUGACGCUCUACCUCAUGGUGAGGUCCUAUCAAAGCGUAGAGAAAUAAAACUCUCCUCUCGACGGCGGUCCCGAGUCCGGAGCGAACGGACUGGAAAAUGGGCAAUAGACAAAACCACUGCUCAGACCAACGUUGGCCGUCGCGAGCACCCACAAGUCGUCACAUUCUACGAUCCCCCACCUGAACUUGCCCAUGCCGGUGUUCCAAUUAUUGCCAAGUCGGAUCACACAACUGCAACGACCACAGACUCGUACAGCCCAGCAAUUGGUGGUAAAAACCAUCUGCCACGAAAGUUUACUUCUCCGCCACUCAUUCCUGGCUUUCAACGCGCCUUGGUCGAUCUCUUUGGACCAGAGGUAGUACCAACGCCAAUUCAAGCCCUCGCCCUCAAAUGGGUUGUUGACCCUUGGUCCCCUGAGCGUGCAGAACAAUCAACUGCAUUGACAACAACAGAAAGCAGUGGAGCGUACAAAGAAAUACUACUAGCAGCUGAAACAGGCUCCGGCAAGUCCAUCGCAUAUCUGCUUCCCAUGUUACAAGCUCUCAAACUGAGCGAAAAUACGACAACACCACACAAUACUACCAAGCAUGCUUAUUCACCGCGCGCACUCGUUUUGACCCCCACGCACGAGCUGGCGCGGCAAAUUGCUUCCUCUGCCAAAAUGCUCCUCCAUGCGCCAGACACCAAACUACGCGUUCUAUGUGUCUCAAGAGCGAAUACUGCUGCACGCGAUUCGUCUUUGGCAGGGAAAACGAAGCAGAAAACGAAUGCCAGUACGAUGAAAGCCACGAUGUUGUCAUUCAUGGAGGAGGGACCCGGAGAAUUCGAUGUUGGUGACGGAAGGGAAGAGCCCUAUCGCUAA